AUGUCGGGGGCCUUCCAGUGCAGCCCUGUGGGGUAUGCUCAUCACUUGUUUCCUCGCAGAUGUUCAAGAAAAAGGGCCUUUCAGAUUACCAAGUCCUUCCUGCCCAUUCUGGAGUGGCUGGCCAUGAAGGAGUGGCUGAUCAGCGACAUCAUCUCGGGGGUCAGCACCGGCCUCGUCGCCACUUUGCAAGGUUUGGCAUAUGCUUUGCUGGUUGCAGUUCCUGUUGGAUAUGGUCUCUAUUCUGCCUUUUUUCCCAUUCUGACAUACUUUUUCCUGGGAACAUCAAGGCACAUCUCAGUUGGUCCAUUCCCUGUAGUCAGUUUGAUGGUGGGAUCUGUUGUAUUGAGCAUGGCCCCUGACGAUAAUUUUCUCAUAGACAGCAGUAAUGCUACAGGGACUAAUGUUACUGGGACACUGAUAGACACUGAAUCCCGAGAUGCACAGAGAGUGCUGAUUGCUAGUACACUCACAUUUCUGGUUGGAAUUUUACAGGUAAUAUUUGGAGUCCUUCAGAUUGGUUUCAUUGUGAGGUACCUUGCAGAUCCACUUGUUGGGGGAUUCACAACUGCAGCUGCUUUUCAAGUGUUUGUGUCACAAUUGAAAAUAGUCCUAAAUGUUUCAACAAAAAACUAUAAUGGUGUCCUUUCCAUAAUAUAUACUCUUAUUGAAACAUUUGAAAAAAUUGGUACCACCAACAUUGCAGACCUUAUUGCUGGGCUCCUCACCAUUGUCAUCUGCAUGGUAGUGAAAGAAAUAAACGAUCGGUUCAAACACAAGAUACCUAUUCCUAUACCAAUAGAAGUUAUUGUGACAAUAGUAGCCACUGGCGUUUCAUAUGCUGCUGACUUUGAAAAAAAAUACAAUGCAGGCAUUGUUAAGAGCAUUCCAAGAGGAUUUUUGCCUCCUGAACCUCCAGAUGUCAGCCUGUUUUCCCAGAUGAUAGCAGCCUCCUUUUCCAUUGCUAUUGUUGCUUAUGCUAUUGCCGUAUCUGUGGGGAAAGUAUAUGCAACCAAGUAUGACUAUGCUAUUGAUGGAAACCAGGAAUUUAUUGCCUUUGGGAUCAGCAACAUUUUUUCAGGUGCCUUUUCUUGUUUUGUUGCAACUACUGCUCUUUCACGGACUGCAGUCCAAGAAAGUACAGGUGGUAAGACUCAGGUUGCUGGCAUAAUCUCAGCUGGGAUUGUUUUGAUUGCCAUUGUUGCCCUGGGGAAGUUGCUAGAGCCCUUACAAAAGUCUGUGUUGGCAGCUGUAGUCAUAGCUAACUUGAAAGGGAUGUUCAUGCAAGUGUUUGACGUUCCACGUCUGUGGAGACAGAAUAAAGUGGAUGCUGUGAUCUGGGUUUUUACAUGUGUAGCAUCCAUCAUUUUGGGACUUGAUUUGGGAUUACUUGCUGGCCUUUUGUUUGGAUUGCUGACAGUUGUGCUGAGAGUUCAGUUUCCUUCAUGGGGUGGCUUUGGAAACAUUCCUGGCACAGACAUCUACAAGAAGGUCAAGGACUACAAAAAUGUUAUAGAACCAGAAGGUGUGAAGAUUCUCAAGUUUUCAAGUCCAAUUUUUUAUGCUAACAUUGAUGGACUGAAAAGCAGCCUCAAAUCCACAGUGGGAUUUGAUGCAGUCAAGGUAUAUAAUAAGAGACUCAAAGCACUGAGGAAGAUACAAAAGCUAAUCAAAAAGGGGAAAUUAAAAGCUACUAAGAAUGGCAUCAUCAGUGAGCCUGGUGUUAAUAAUGAAGCUUUUGAGACUGAUGAGGAACCUGAAGACAACCAAGAUCUUCAAGUUCCCACAAAAGAAGUAGAGAUCCAGGUGGACUGGAAUUCAGAACUCCCAGUCAAAGUAAACAUCCCCAAAGUGCCCAUCCACAGUCUCAUUCUUGAUUUUGGAGCAGUAACCUUCUUGGAUAUUGUAGCUGUAAGAUCAAUAAAAACGAUAAUUCGGGAGUUUGAGAGAAUUGAUGUGAGAGUGUACUUUGCUUCAUAUCAAGACAACCUUAUAUCUCAACUGGAACGGAGUGCAUUCUUUGAUGACACUGUCAGGAAAGAUGCAUUCUUCUUGACUGUCCAUGAUGCUGUGCUCUACAUAAGGAAUCAAAUGACAUACAGUGAAAACCAGGAUCCUAUAUUUGAAAAGAUUUCACUCAUGCAGGAGUCUAAAGAGCCCAUAGAAUUCACAGAAACAAGCCGGCCUGAUGAUGAACUUGAUGUUCAGGAAGAGGCUAUGCGCAGACUUGCUUCAUGA